AUGAUUAUUAACUUAAAAGUUCUUUGUUUUAAUAAUUUUUAUAUUCAAGUUGAUGAUUCUAUUACCGUUAAAGAAUUAAAACGUCUUAUAGAAGCUAAAACGCAAACGAGAAAUUUUAAUAUACAAAAAGAAAAUAGAUAUUUACACGAUUUACUUGAUUUAAACACAUACGAAUUUAGUAAAAAUGAUUGUAUUGAAUUGGUGUACGAAAAAUAA